ACACACUAAACUCAAUCCCAAUUAUCUUAAUCAUGCUCACCAAACCGGUUUUAACCACCCUAAUAGCUCUUUCCUACAUCAUUCUUGCUCUCUACACAAUCAUCCCAUUGCGUAGCUCUCUCUCUUCUUUUGCUACAACCAUCAUAACAAAUUCUAAAUUCGGAGCUUUAACAAUACCUUCAACACUCUUUGAACUCACACACCACCAGCAUCAUCAUCAAAAUCAUUACCACCAUCAUCAACCUAUAAAAUGUUGUGAGAGAUGGACGUCAAGGCUUACAAACCAAUACAAGUCUUCUCUUGUGCUGACUGUUGAUUUGCAUGGUUGUGGUAACUUCAGCAAUGUACAAAGCGCCAUUGAUGCUGUCCCUGAUCUAAGUCCUUCCAAGACUCUUAUCCUCGUCAAUUCGGGGUCUUAUAGGGAAAAAGUUACGGUUAAUGAAAACAAGACAAACAUUGUAAUUCAAGGAAGAGGAUAUCAAAACACAUCCAUCGAAUGGAACGAUACAGCAAAAUCCGCAGGAAACACUGCUGAUAGCUUCUCCUUUGUAGUGCUUGCAGCUAAUUUCACAGCUUACGACAUUAGUUUCAAGAACAAUGCGCCAGAACCAGAUCCUGGUGAAACUGAUGCACAAGCAGUAGCUUUAAGGAUUGAAGGGGACCAAGCUGCCUUUUACGGGUGUGGUUUCUAUGGGGCUCAAGACACACUUUUAGAUGAUAAAGGAAGACACUUCUUUAAAGAUUGCUUCAUUCAAGGGUCAAUAGAUUUUAUAUUUGGAAAUGGAAGAUCACUCUAUCAGGAUUGUACGAUCAAUUCAAUAGCAAAGGGGAAUACAUCUGGAGUUACCGGAUCAAUCACGGCUCAGGGGAGAGAAUCAAAAGAUGAAGAAUCAGGAUUCUCUUUUGUGAAUUGUAAGAUAGACGGAAGUGGGCAAGUGUUGCUUGGACGAGCUUGGGGAGCCUACGCUACAGUUGUGUUCUCAAACACUUACAUGUCCGGAAUCAUCACUCCAGAAGGAUGGGAUGACUGGGGCGACCAAGCCAAACAAAAAACGGUGACUUUUGGAGAGCAUAAGUGCUAUGGACCAGGAGCAAAUUACAAAGAGAGGGUUUCGUUUGGGAAACAACUCACAGAUUCGGAGGCAUCUUCUUUCAUAGAUGUUUCUUUUAUAGAUGGUGAUCAAUGGCUUCGUCACACUAACACACUCGCUAACCUUACGUCUAAAGACACUAGAGAUGGAUUAUACCAAAGUAUAUAAAAGAUACAUAACGAAAAAACCAUUCCUAUAUAUCUGAGUUGCAAUGAAGAUCAUGUAUAUUAUAAUCUGAUUUUGAUUUGUUUGAUUAGAUACCAUUCAGUCAUAACAUAUCUAUAGACAAAUCCAUCAAACGAAAAAAAAAGCAUUGUGUUUAAUUAGCUCACAUUUUUGAAUAAUUCUUUUUAAGUGAUUC